UUUUAUUUUGCUCCAUUUAGUAUUGUUUUAGCUACUGAAAAAUGAAAAGAAAUUUGUAGUUACACAAUUUUAUGAAAUCUUUAAAAGAGAAGUUCAGAAAAUUGCACAAAUUAUGGGUUUCUUAUUUGUUAGACUUCAAACAUCAUUAUAUAUUUUACCCUAAUUUUUUUUCAUAGUUUUGUCCUGUGAGUCAAUUACCCAACUUGCAUCUAAUUGGUUUAUAAAUGGCUCACUAUAUUCAAAAAACAUCUUGACUGCAGGACAUUGGUGCUUACCCUUGGUAUCUGCACAUUAAAAUUUGUUUCUUUUGAAGAUUGCACAUAUAAUGUGAAGCAACAAUAUUUCUUUAAAGUUUGGGAAAUUUCUCUGAAUAACGGAAACACUUUCAACAUGUUAAAUAUUUCACAUAAGGUGUACUCACACACACACUCACACUUUAAUUCAACUUAAUGUUAUUUUUUUAAAUAACAUGUUAUAAAAAUUACUGAAUGGAGAUAUCUCAUCCUUUCAUGUGUAACUAAUUAUACAUUUGCAUAACUAUUCAUUAAAUCUCUUUCUCAAUGAAGGAAGCAUUCCAGAUAACUCAAAUCUGAAACUGAAUCAUGAUGGUAUGUCUGAAAAAUGAUUUAAAAAUCUUGCAAAUUGUUUGCAUGAAGUUUGACAUUCAUUUUCCAGUAAUAAAGUGUUUUGUUAUAAUAAAUAUUGCAACUGAAUUGCGAUUAUAAGCAACAUAUGGAAUAAAACCAUAGGAAACAGUAGUUGAAAUUUAUGGGAGGAAAGCAUUGAAAAAAGUGCACUAUUAUUCGGAUCCCCUUUUAUAUUUUCUAUUUGUAUAAUUUGUUUACAAACCUUUUCUAACCUAAAAAAGGCUAAUCAAGAAAGCUUGUUUAGAAUGUCUGAAGUUCAAAUUUACUCAAAACCAGUUAUUUAAUUUUUAAAAAAAUUUAGUUGCAUCAACAACAUGGUUAUUAGUGACUCUUUCAGUUACAAAUACAAUACAUCAGUAGAAAAAAUACAAUAGUAUAAAUUGCAAUCAUCUUACAGUAGUAACAAUAGUGGCAAUUGACAUAUAUUAAUUGGAAUUAUAAGUCCAGAAAUAUAACGAUGGCUUUACAAAAUUUAAUUCUUUUUUAGGAUGGCACAUGAGUAUUCCUAACUUCCUCUUAAUAUAUCAAGUAUCAUAAUUGCCUUUUCUCUAAUCUCAGAUUUUGAAAUAAAGGGAUGUAGUUUACAUUUUCAGCCACGGCUCAUAAAAAAUACGAGUAUUUAGGACAAUAAUUUGAAAACUUGUGUCAUCAUAGUUUUCUCUUCCUUUAAUGAGUUUUUGAGUCAAUGCUUCAAAGAGUAAAUUUAUUCUCAUGAUCUCAUUGAAACUAUGUAAAUGCUUAGUAUCUGAAUAUUACAAAACAAUACAGGUGUUACAAAACUGAACAAGCAUUAUUGCAAGAAAAAAGAAAACAUCAGGUACAUCAGUGUGACCUUUCCUCUAGUGAAUCCAAACACCACUUCCAUAACUCUUUUGGAUUUGUUCUCCAUUUUGUAGGUUUUUUUAUAAUUAUUUUAACCAUGAGGAUUAAUACAUGUUAAACAUUUUUCAUAUUCAAAACAUUGUAAAACAAAUAAAAUUUUAAUUAACCAUUGCAAAUUUUUGAAAAACGAGUCUAGAAGUAAAGGAAAACAAUGGUUGACAAACACCACAAACUGCUUUUGUGAUCAUUGUUGUAGGUUGAUCCUUCUCUUUAUCAUGAUUGAUUUAUCAUGUAGCUAAUUUCAAUUAUACUGUUUGCAAACAUGUCUAUACUUAUCAAGUAAAAUGUAAUUCACAAUCUUCACCAAAAAUGUAUAGAUAUUUUAUAAUUUUGAAUUUGUAUUUGGUAAUGUAUGUCCAGAAAUUGGUUCAACAUUAGAAAUGAAUAUUUUUGUGCCUUGAUUCUCACACAGUUCCAUUCUAUGGAUGUUACGAGAACUACUUCUUAGAUUCUUCAUUGUUCCUUCAAGUUCACCCAUUUUAUCUUUUAUAUUGCAAUCUAUUUUUUGGGGAUAUUGCUCAUCACCUGGUAGAAAGCAAAUAAUUCCAUCUUUAGCCUUCUUUUGAACAGGCAUCCAUCUUUCACACCCAUGUUUGGUUCUUUCUACAGCAAAAUUAUUCAACUGGUCAAUGUUUUGAUAUGUCACUAUUCUUGACAUCUCAUAAUACUGAGGAGGAGGUAACCAGACUGAAUCUUGAAUAUUACCUUGAAGUAAUUCUUGUGGGUGGCACCACUUCAUAUCAUCCAUUUCCAAAUCGUUCAUGAAGGAAGGUGGAAGCUGGUCUAUAGUAGCCAGAAAGAAAGCAGUAUCAAAGCGAAUAGGAUUAUUUGUAGGUGUCAACCAAUUACUCCAGAGAUGUAAUGACCAUAUAUCAGGAAAACAUUUAAAUUCCUUGCAGAGGUUGAGAAAUUCAUAAGCAUUAUUUUGGACAAUUUUUUGCCAUUCUUGUAACUGGUGGCCUGACAUAUAUGCAGCCCAAUUAGAUGGAGUGGAGUCUUUCUGACUUCUACAAAGCAAAAUUCCACUCUCCUCAAAUGUUUCUCGAAUCGCUGUUAUUCUUAAGCUGAUGGAUUUAUGCAAAGGUUUACUAUUAUCCGAAAAUAGGGGAACUGUCGGUGAAUUAGACGUUAGGACCUUUAAGAGUUCUGGUUUGAAACCGAGAGAUUCAUAUAUGUUAAGCCACUCUUGACAGCUGUCCUCAUUCGCUGUGGCACCUCCAGGAAAAACAUAUCCUCCAGGAAAGAAACGGCUACUUUUUCCACGUUUCAAAACAAGUAUUUUAUAAUCGGGCGAAAAUUUUCCGUUUAUCUUACUAUCGGUGAUUUUACUACAUUUGAAUACAUUUGUUCGACCUGCAAUAAUAAUGCUCGCAGCCUCUCUCCACAAUUUGCUCAUGGUCGUAAAUUUCACGAAUUGUUAUAACUUAGAAAAUCAACUGAUAAACGACCUUCGGAAUAAUAUAGCACUGAUCUUUGCAUACGCAAGAAGUGUUGCUUUUCCGAUGACGAAGUAAAUACUAUCUUUUUUAUUACGUAUUAUAUUGGUAAAAACGUCACUCGAUGAUUAUGAAAACAUGGUCGUGAAUAAAUAGUUCAAUUCAGUUUUCGAGAGAGGUUAGCUCUGAAGGAUUAGUUUAGUCAUUUGGGUUUUCUCGGUUCAGAUUCAUUGACAGUCGUCAGCUGUUACCCCACCAAUGAGAGCACAGGAAGUGUUCCUUUGCUAUCCAAUCAUAUAACGCCAAAUAUUUUAGGACAGAAGUCCUCAAGUCGCAGUUGCAUAAAUUCGUGGUUUUCCUCGUCAAAUCUAGUUUGUUGUCAUUUGAAGUGUAGUGUGAUUAUAAUGAUUUGUGACUAAACUUGAGCAUAUAAAGUUUGGAUAUCAUAUUAUAAGCUAUUUAGAAGACAUUGUUGAGUGGUAUGGACAUGAUUGACAUGUCUGUUACAUUAAUUGUGAAGGCACCUAAUCAGCAAAUUGAAGACCAAACAAUUAAAUGUGAACCAACGUGGACAAUAAAGAAGCUAAAAGGAUAUUUGUCAGAAGUUUAUCCCAGUAAACCGCGCACCGAGGAUCAAAAACUUAUCUAUUCUGGACAACUUUUAUCUGAUAGCGUUAUUUUGAGAGACAUUCUGAGAUGGUAUGAGGGUCAAGAAGCUCAUACAGUCCAUCUUGUGUGCACACCCCCAAGAGACUGUAAUAGGCGAGGAAGUCCCAGGCCACCAGCCAAAAUGAGUGAGAGGAGAAAUUCUAACGCCACAGAAGACAACAGCAAUAAUAGUACAGGCACAAGUAAUAUGGAAGCAGUUUCAUCUGAUGGAUUGAGACAACGAUUGUCUUCUGGUGAGACGUCAGUGCCCCAACCUGCGGGAGGAGGAGGUUCCCUUCCCGACAGCCAUCUUCCCCCUCCAGAUUCAGGUGCUACAUGGGCAGCUGCUAUGGCUCAACCCUAUGGGACCAUGUAUGAUCCCAACAACAUGAUGCAACAGAUGGCACUAAUGCAUCAAGUUUAUGCUCAGUACAUGACGCAGUACAUGCAGAUGAUGGCAGCAGGAGGUACCUUACCCCCUAUGUCUCCUCCUGCACAGCCUGUUGCCCCUGGCACACCUGUAGCAGAACAACCUGCGGUGCCUGUGAACAAUCAAGAACCUGUGGAGGCAGCAAAUGAUAUUAAUGUAGUUGAUGGGGAUGAUGACAACCGUAUGAAUCGUGAUUGGCUGGAUUGGUUUUAUUUUAUGAGUAGACUCAUGGUUUUAUUCAGUAUUGUUUAUUUCUACUCUUCUCCAACAAGAUUUGUCAUAGUGUCAGCUUUGGCAAUCAUGAUGUACCUCUACCAAGUUGGUUUCUUCAGAAUUCAACAGCAACAGCUACAAGUGGCAAGGGUUGCUGCAGAGAACAAUAAUGUCCCAGUGGAUGCCAGACCUGUUGACAAUAACAACGUGGAGGCCAAUGAAGGGGAGGAUGUGCCAAGAGGGAACCAGGAAGCGGUCAGUGAAGCUGGGGAGCCUGCUCAAGAGCCUGAUAGGCCAUCCCUCCUCGCUGUCACUUGGACUUUCUUCACUAGCUUUUUUGCUUCUCUCAUUCCCGAACAACCAGGUGCAAUCUGAACAAUUCUUCCAAUUUACAUUAUAAGCAAGCAUGAAUCUUAUGGAUAGUAGUUCUACUAGUCCUCAAAUACAUGUCCAUUGAAUGUGUGUGAAGAACAGACGUUUCAACAAACUAGGAAAACUUAAGAUGGAACUUGUAAUCUUCAGUACAAGGAAGUUUUGUUUCUAACUUGUCAAGACAUUUUCAUGUUGACUGAUUCAGCAAUCGGUGCUUAUUAUAGUGAUUUGGAGCUGGUGGAUGAGAAGUCUUUAUAAAGAAGAAUGCAAAUUUAUAUCAAAAAGCUAGCCAUGGUUUCAUGAAACAAAUGGCAUGUGUUGUUGUAAACACUAAGUACUCUUAUAUUAUUAUCUUCCAGAGAUUUCUCUUUUCUGGAAUGUCUGGAAGGUAUUAGUGAUGGAAAGAUUAUCCCCAGAUAUCUUACUGAAGACAAGUGUGUUCAUAAGAAUUAUUUAUAAAAUUGUUCUUUCAUUUUCCUCUUAUGUACCUGUUUAACUUUGUGAAGAUAGCUUUCAUUAUUUGUGUUAAAAAAAAACUUCAUCAAAUUCCGUGAUUUUUAUUUAUUGAACCCAUACACAAGUACUGAUUAAAGUAGAAAUAAUUGUAUAGGUUUGAGACUAGAGUGAUUUUAAGAAGUAAUUGUUUUGACAGCAACUGAAUAUGCUCUCAAGUGUAUGGAAUUGGUAUCAAAGUAUUAGAUAUCCUUUGAGUAUAAACCACCAAAGAUACCAUUAAGUAGCACAAUGAGGUAAAAAGCAUACUAAUGUGGAUUGUUUGAAGUAAAUACUUUAUAUAUUCAGUGUGCAAUUGUGUUGGGAUUCCUUAUCGACUCCAGUUUAUUUAAUUGAGAAUGUAUAUUUCAUGUACAUUUUUGAAGUUUUAUUCUUCAUUUUGUAUUUAUUUCUGUAUUAUUUUUUCCAUCUUUUAUGGCACUGCUGAAUAGGUAUCUCUUACCAAAACAUGCUCAUAGCAUACUCAAGACUUUGCUCUGUUCAUACUUUGUAUCUCUUUAUAGAGAAACUCAUUUAAGUGUGUGAGUGGGCAAACUCUGUUAGUGGGUGCUGUUCAUACUUUUACAGUAACUAUUUAUUAGGAGCCCAACUGUUACCCAAGUCGUUAUAAAAGUGAUUCAGUGUACUGGUGUAUUUCAUAUAUAAGAAUGUUAAGAAAAGAUUCAUCAUUGUUUACUAGGUUGCACAGUUUUUAUUUGCAGAUGACAUACAAUAAUUUCCUUUAUAAAUGUAUAUUAAUUGAAAAUUUUCUCAGAUGAAAUAUAUAAAUAAUUGUAUAUACUGUACAUUUAUUACCAGAAUAAAACAUUAUGUUAAAUAAA